AUGUCUUUGCAGACCUGUGUCCGUCUUGUCCGCAAGGUUUCAAGAAAAAGGAUCUUGUCCGACACCCACGGCCAAGAAUUUCCCGGCGACCGCAAACCCUUACACAAAGUCGAUGUCGCCAUUCACUGCGGCGAUCUAACAGAAACAUCCAAACUCUACGAAUUUGAGUCAGCCAUCCGUCUUCUCAAAGACAUAAACGCGCCACUCAAACUUGUCAUCCCAGGUAACCACGAUUUUACCCUCGACACGCCCACUUUUAAGAAAGCGAUCGCCGAAACACCUUUCCCCGAUAUAAGAGUAGAGAAGCAAUAUGGAAAAGUUGGAGAAGCGAGACGCUUGAUGGAGAGUUUUACACAUGAGGGUAUUGUGUAUCUAACAGAGGGUGUUCAUCGUUUUGACCUUGACAAUGGAGCUCAUCUGGUAGUUUAUGCGAGUCCGUAUACUCCUUCCAAUGACUGCUGGGGAUUCCAGUUUGAUCCUUGGAUAGGUCACUACAGUCAGAUCAACGAGCCAGUCGACGUGAUAAUAACACAUGGUCCUCCAAAAGGUAUCCUCGACAUGACUUAUCGCAGAAAGCAUGUUGGUUGUUCAGACCUCUUCAAACUUGUCGCUCAAGCAAAACCUCUCAUGCACUGCUUCGGCCACGUGCAUCGAAGCUGGGGCGCAGAGUUGAUAAGAUGGCGAGGCCACGACCCUAAAGAGCCAUUGCCUGAUACAGCCAUCGGUAUGGGGAAGUCUGUUACGAUUGGAGUUCUUGAUCGGUUUAGUUCUAGUGAACUCAUGGUUGCUUGGCAGGAAGAGAAUAGGAAUAUGAGUAUUGCAGAUGCGAGGGUUAUACCCACGAAGCAUUGCAAAGGAGACGAGUUGGCGAUUAUAAGAGGGGCUGAUACUCUUCUUGUUAAUGCUGCUAUUCAAGGGUCAGAUGACAUACCUUUUCAUCAUCCGUGGUUGGUAGAGCUUGAUCUUCCUGUAAGUUGA